AUGUCUAGUGGAGGUGAAGAAGGAGAUUACGUUCCUUGGAUUCAACAAUUUUGUGAUUUAUUUGGACAUGAUUAUUUUGUUCCUGUAGCACAAGAAUUUAUCGAAGACGAUUUCAAUUUAACAGGAUUAUCAUCUCAAGUACCUUAUUAUAGAGAAGCGUUAUAUACUAUAUUAGAUUAUCAAGUCGAUACCAUCGAAGAUGUAACUAAUGGAACUAGUAAUUCAGAUAAACAAGAUUUACCAACAAAAUCAUUAUUAUCUCAUUCUGCAGAGUUAUUAUAUGGAUUAAUCCAUGCCCGUUAUAUCAUCUCAAAGCCUGGUUUAACAGCUAUGGCAUCAAAAUUUGAAAGAAAUGAUUUCGGUUGUUGUCCGAGAUAUUAUUGUGAUGGAAUGCAUUUAAUACCUUGUGGAUCAACUGAUGUACCAGGACAAGAAACUGUUAGAUUAUAUUGUCCUUGCUGUAACGAUAUUUAUUUACCUUCAAGUUCAAGAUAUUUGAAUAUCGAUGGAUCAUUUUUCGGUACUACCUUCCCAGGUUUAUUAAUAAAGAUGUUCCCUGAAAUUGAAAAUCAAUGUAGAAUAAGAAUAAAUAAAGUCAAUCAAAACGAAUUAGGAUUAAAGUUAUUUGGUUUCAGGAUAAAUGAAUCAAGUAUAAGUGGACCAAGAAUGAAAUGGUUAAGAAUGCAUCCUAAAUCAAUAGAACAACGACAUGAAUUUGAGAAUUGUGAAUUAUCAAUCCCUUCAGAAGAUGAAAUGGAUGAUGAAGACGAUGAAGAUGAAGAUGACGAUAAAACUAUGGCUAGUGAAGAUUAG